AUGAAGCCAGCAGAGAUCAGAUUCUCUCAACAGAGACCUCUACAGCACAGAGAUCCAGCCAUGGCACCUACAAUCACUGCAGCAAUGAUCGAUUCUCAGGAGCAUCUGAUUCUGACCCACAAGCUCAGAAAGCCUCUGGUGGAGAAGUUACGCAGAGAGCGAAUCAACAGCAGUAUUGAGCAGCUCAAGUCUCUCCUGGGUCCAGAGUUCCUCAAACAGCAGCCAGACUCCAAGCUGGAGAAAGCAGACAUCCUGGAGAUGACAGUUUGUGUCCUGAGACGAUUGCAGCAGCAGCAUCAAGCUGUGGACUCAGCAGCUGUCGAUCAGGGCUACUCCAGGUGUGUCCGAGAGGUGGACCACUUCCUGUCUAAAGAGGAGGUGGAGACACAGUCCCAGAGAAGACUUGUGAACCACUUCAACAAGCUGCAGUCUUCCUCUGAUAAGAAGCAGAGAGAGGCUGACUUCUCUCUUCUGAGCUCCACAGUCCAGACCAGCAUCACCAAAGAGAAGAGUCUGGCCAGGAGCGCCCCCUGGAGGCCGUGGUAGACACCUACAGACUGGAGUUACCACCAGACAAACUGAGAUGACCACAUUGGUCAAAGAUUUCUGAACUGAAUUCUUUGAAAUGUUAUGGACUUGUUCGUCUGUAUGUACAGGAGCUGCAUUUUGUGUUUUUUUUUUGUGCCAGAUGACAUUUCCUAAAUGUCAGCAACAUUAUCUUUCAAGGUUAGAAAGAGAACAUCUUGUCAUGCAUGUUGCAUGAACCAAAUCUGAUCGCAUCAGCAAUUAUUUUUAUACUUCACUGUACUUCAUGUAUUGGUAUUAUAUAAUGAUAUGGAACCAUAUGUUAUCCUUUUAUUGAUAUUGAUCAUAUUGAUCAAAACAUGUUAACAUGCCAUUUAUAUGGACAUAUUGUCAUAAUGGACUAUAUUCUUUCAUAUUAUUCAAAACUGAUCAGUUUUAAGAUCUAAAUGUUUAUCCUUUUUUCUGAAAGGUUUGCUUAGUGUCACACUGUCACCUUUUUCCAGUGACUGUUAUGUUGUCUUUGAUGAACACUCAUGUAUUCAGUGGUUAUUAACCUGCUGUCAUCACUCUGUGAUAAGAACAUUUUGAUCUGUUUAAGGUCAGUUUUUACUGCUUUGAUUGUGUUUAUUAAGAGCAAAUUAUCAUUCUUGUUUGAAAAUAUUAAUUUGAAUCGUUUGUAAGAUUGUUUUGUCUUUUAUAAAGAUAACUGUUGCUUUACUGACUACACUGUGUCUUGGAGAAAGCUUCAAGUUGUUGUUGUGAUUUAAGAUCAUGUAUAGCCAGAGCUUUUCAUACUUGAAGUGGCUCAAUGUGCCUUUUUUUAAAAUAAACAAA